ACUGGCGGAUCCCGACGUGGGAUUUCGCUUAUCGACGGCCCGUUUGUUCGGGUAGGGCCUCAAAUUCGGUUAUUUCCCACCGUUAUCGGGUACGUGUGCGGGGUUUUGGUGUGUAAUAGCGCCAAAGAUAAAACCAAGCAAAGCGAAAGAAAGAGAGAAAAACACCCGUCCAAAGGCGUUGUUAUCAGCUACCAGUCGUGUAUCGAUACGGUAUCGCAAUUGGUUGAUUUCGAAAAGUGAAGUGCAGUGCGUAUCGCGCAGUUCAAGUGUGCUUGUGUUAUUCUAUUGCCAUUACGCUUCCCUCCUUGAUCUACCUUCGUCCCUGCGGAAUUGCCCCAUUUCUCGGCCCUUCAGCUCCAAAGUAUUGUAUUGUAUCAAACACUCGCCAGGAAUUUUUCCGACGUCGUCUCGGUUCCGCACAAUCGGUGAACCCUUUCCGUGCAAUUUCGUACAGCAAAACUUCCCCCAGUGUUAGCGCGCGUGUGUGUGUGUACAGUGUGCGUGUGUAGCUGCUGUGUUUGCGUACGUGCCCCCUGUGGUCGAUUCGCGUUUCGCGAAGGUUCGCAACGAGCGAACGCAACCCUUUCUUUGUGACCCCGGUACCAGAAAAGGCGCAAAAAUUUGGGAAAUAAUGGAUCCGUCGGGUGGGCGCGAUUCGCGCUACAACUUGAACUACAGCAUGAGCAUGAUGAGCGAAUCGCCAGAGAUCUACGGCAACCCGAACGUGUCUCUGGCGCGUCCACCGAGCGGCGGGUUGGUCGGGCAGGUGAUGUCCCGCGGUGGCACCGGAACGGGUCUGAUGAACACCAACGGACCACAGUGCGGUAGUGGUGGUGGCGGAGGCGGCGGCGGUGGUGGUGGUGGUGGCUUAUCACGCGGUAUCAAGCGCACCAACUCCGAUUGCUACGACGAUCGGCAGCAGCUGGUCGGAUCGCAAAACAUGACCGGGCUCGACGGGUGCACCGUCGGGUCGGAGGUGGUGGACGAAAGCUACACCUCGCUGCAGCCGAAAAAGUCGCCUCCCAGCAAUGGCAAAAAGACCAAGGGUCGCGUUAAGAUCAAGAUGGAAUACAUCGACAAUAAACUGCGGCGGUACACGACGUUUUCCAAGCGCAAAACCGGCAUCAUGAAGAAGGCGUACGAACUGUCCACCCUCACCGGCACGCAGGUGAUGCUCCUGGUCGCCUCCGAAACCGGUCACGUGUACACGUUUGCGACGCGCAAGCUGCAGCCGAUGAUCACGUCGGACGCGGGCAAGGCGCUCAUCCAGACCUGCCUGAACUCGCCCGAUCCGCCGACGGGGUCGUCCGGCGACCAGCGCAUGUCCGCGACCGGCUUCGAGGAGACGGAGCUCAGCUACAACAUCGGCGACGAGGACUCCAAAGAUGACCGGUCGCCGAUGUCGUCCGGCAGCGAGUCGGACGAGUAUUCGCCACCGGAGUCGCCACCACCAGGACCUAGCACUAGUUCUACCGGUAACAGUAGCAGUAAUAAUCAGCAGCAGCAGAAACAGCAGCCGCAUAGUCUUAAGAGCGAAGGCGCGGUUGAAAAGUCAUCCGGCGCGGUCAACACCGCCGUCAGCACAAGCAGCAGCACCAACACCAACGCCGGUGAAGGUGCUGCGCAGGUCCAGUCGAGUGCCAACAACGGGGCCGGGCCGUGUACCAUGGGUUCCUUUCCAUCGUCGGCCACCGGAACGCCCGUGGUGAUGACGGCCUCGACUGCCGCCGCGACCAUCUCCGCUAUCCAGCAGCAAAUCCAGCACCAGCAGCAGGCCCUGCAGGAGCAAAUCCAGCAGCAGCUGCAGCAUCAUCACAAACAGCAGUACCAGCAGCAACAGCAGCAACAACAGCAGCAACAACAGCCAACCAAACAGUCGGGGAAAGGGAAAUCAACCUCGAAGAUGAAAGCAGCACCCGUAUCAGCAACACCGCCGCCGCCGUCGACGCCGGUCAUCGUGCCGAUCAGUUCGGCGGCGGUACCUCAAAUCACCAGCAGCAUCGUGUAUCCGGCGGCGGCACUCAGCAGCUUGCCGCAGGACGUGCUGGUGAAGCUGAUACAAACGGGUCAAAUACAGCUGCACAGUGAAAAUGGCGGAACCCAGCAGUACGUUACCAUCCCACUGCCGCUGAUGUCCGCGCAAGCUAACUCCAAUCAGCUGGUCGUCAACGGUCCACUCACGUCCACCUUAGCGAUCCCUACGUCUACCUCCGCCCCCGCAAGCAACUCGUCCCGAACCGGAAGCGGAUCGUCCGGUGCAACCUCCUCCCGGCGGCACCCAACCUCCGGUGGCUCCGUCAAGACUGAAGCCGUCGAGUAGUGGACGGAGAGUGGACGUACCAUGCUUAACACCUUGGCAGCCGCACGCACCACAGUGGUGUAGGCCGUGGCCGAUCAAACGCUGCGGCAGUAGAACAAUGUAAACAUCGUGAGGCGUUCGGUCGUCAGGAUGUUAACAUACAGCAUUUCUCGGUGUUUAGUGCUAAAGGAGGCGUAUACAUUUUCUUUUUGUCAGGGUUUUUACAGUUUGAAUGUGACUUUUUGAAACGGUCAUGUACUCUCUCUAAAACUGGUGCGCUUUAGGCAUACCACAAGGCGGCUAGCUGAUCAAAACCUAUAGCUUAUUCAAUUGCGUACAUUAACUUUGGCACCAAACAACGAGAAAUACUGUAACACCUGCUCCAUCCAAGCAUUAAACGCCCAUCUUGUGCCCUGUAAGAUGGCGUGAAUUAAUCCCGCAAUGGGAGAGCAGUCCAGACCGGGAAGUACCAGAGCAUUAGGCUUCGAUAGUUUAUGCUUUUUUUUCUUUCUCUUGUAUCGUUUCGUAGCGUGUUUUUCUUUGCAUUAUAUUUUUUACUUCUUUUCAAACGUUGAUCUCCAUGUAAGCCAUGUCGGAAGGAAUUACCCCACAGCACCAAUAAAUGCAUUUGUUGUAAAAUAGA